AUGGCAGCUUCUUCCAUCAAGAUUUUUGAUACUUCGGAGUCUGUUGAUCCCACUGUAGGCUUCAUCUCACUUCCUCUAAAGAAAUCAAAUUUCCAAAUCCAAAGGCCUUAUGACAUACCAGAAGAUCAACGUUAUUCCUUCAUUGAUGGAGUGCAUAAAUUGUGGGUUUUCAAGACUGAUAAACCUCAUUCUCCUGAAAGUCACACUAAACCUCGUACAGAAAUCCGUAUACUUGGUUAUGAUUACUCUUCUGGAAUUUGGCAAUUCGAAGGAUACGGAUUUGUUCCAAAUGGAACUUCUGGUGUGUGCAUAAUGCAAGUGUUUGGAGCAAGCCCACCUCAUGCCUCAACUUUAAUGCUUAGGGUCUACAAUGGAUCCCUCUCAUAUUAUAGAGCUCCUCUCCCAGCUGUUCCCAACAUCUGUGAUAGGUGGUUUCGUCUCAAUGUAAUUCAUGAUGUUCAUGCUGGGAAUCUAACGGUUUUCAUUGAUGGGAUUCUGUUGUUUUGUCAGAGCCGCAAGCUUUGA